AUGGCAAUUCCAAGUUCCUUUUGUCGUGCAAUUAUCUUCCUUAUUUCUUCAACACCAGUAUCCUGUUCACCUAUGAUUUGUUUUUGCAGUUGUAGGACACCUUCGUUAUCCAGCUCCCGCGUGCGGUUAGUCUCUUUCCCCAGGAUCCGUCCACCCUUAACUGCAGAUUUUCUACUCCCUGUAGCUGCAUCUAUACCCAAAAGGGCCUGUUUAUCUGGAAUGGAAGCCACAGCUGAGUCCAGUUUGUUCUUGGCAGCCAUAGAGUUUAGUAGGUCCUCUAGCGCAUCUUUUUCUUUUCUAGCGCUGGUAAGCAGGUCUUUACGUCGGCGAAUUUCUCCUUCUCCAAGUUUUGAGCCGCUCCAGGCAGAAUUCCCGGAUAUAUUCUUCAACCCUUCUUCCAAGGCCCCCAGUAAAGUACCAGUUCUCACAAGGCUGCCCUUGGCGGAUGCGGAGCAUUCAUGUUGUUUCUGGGGAGUUGAAGAUUGA